GUCGACAAUCAGUGUGCACAGGAGAGAACUUUCUCUUGACGCGAGUAAGGCCGUAAAAUUCCACAGGACACCCAACACCCCUCACGACUUUCAAAAUGGCAGACUAUUAUAUGACUCUGUCAAGACCUUGUAAAAUCGCUCGUUGAGCGAAUUUGAUUGAGUUUUCUCGGAUUCAUAUUUCACAUACGGAAUUUCUUUUCCGAAUGUGGCGCUCGUUGAACGAAUCUUAUGUUAUCUUAUGUUCGAAUCUAUGUUAGGUUUAUUUCCGACUCUGGCGAUCGUUAAACGCCGAAAUCUGAUAAGAUCGUGGGCUCCUGAUAUGAUCGAGUUCAUUUUGCGUUGAACGAUUUGAGACACUGAGUGUCUGUAAAACAAAUCUGAUUGAGUUAGUUUCUUUGGAUUCAUUUUUGUUUUCGUUGGUUUUAGUUUCGCCGAUGCCGUUUGUUCGGGGUCUCUGCAUUUUCGACUUUUUAUUUAUUUGAAAGUAAAAGCUACGUUGUCAAACGUAAACGACAUUUCUUCGUAAAUUUGAAAUCUUCUUUUACCAUGCUAUUCUACCAUUAUGGUUCUGCAACCAGGGAUAACUUUUACAAGUAUGGCAAAUAUUUGCUGCAGAAAUUCUUUCAGGUAUAGUCUAGAGCUUUUUCCACUCCAGUGACAAGGCGCCAGCUUCCCCUACCGCUCCCAGGUACACAAAGAAAGAUGUGCAGCUAAAAUUGUUGAGUUUGUUCAGCGAUAUGUUGAAUCGGCUGUGUCCCCAUACAUUUAACGGGCACUUAAUCAGAUUUCUAAAAAUAUCCAUUCUAUUUAACCAUUAUUCCUCGAGCCCGAAUGGGCUCUGAGUCAAUAGCCCAUGAGGCCGAAGGCCAAAUGGGCUAUUGACUUAGAGGCCAUGAGGGCGAGAGGAAUAAUUGUUUUGGUAAAAUCCAACUAGUUGGUCAAAAAUAUCGAGACAAAACAACUUUAGCUAGCAAAACGCGAUUCAGCCGCCUUUGUUUUGGUUUAAAAGCCGGCGCUUUUAGCUACCAUUGGGCUAUAACAUAUAGCCUAGUAGUAGCCCAACCAAUCAGAACGCAGCAUUGAUAAUAGACCACUAGUUGGAUUUUACUAAUAGCGUUUAUUCCCUGCCCUGUCAAUUGGUCAGUUUACAACCUCUAAACAAGUUCAAUUUGUGUUGACCAACAAACUCAGUCUUGAGCCAAAAUUUUGGCGUUAACAAGAGCAGUUCAUUUGCCCAUGUUUUACAGCCCUGAUUUUAUACAACAUUGCUUUUUUACACGACAUUCCACCAAAAUAAAGUAGUAAAACACCAGGAGCCUAACAUACAGUUUCGACGAUACAUCCGUCAUCACCGGUGUGGCAUAUUUCACUUAAAAAUCACCGAACCAUUUAAUUAUAGUGCGCUCGAUUACGGAAGUGAAUCAAGUGAAUUCAAUACUUUGCGUUUCUGGAUGGGUUUAAGCGAUAUCUGAUGAACAGGAAAUGUAUUCGUCACUGCGCAUGUGCCAAACUUUGAUUUUCUGACAGGAUCUCGCGAAUUCAAAAGAUGCGCGGAGAGUAAAAGAACCUUUGAAAACCGUUUGCAUCGUGCAUGACUGAGUUCGAUACGCGCAAAAAUUUCUCAAAAUUACGCUGAUCAAUGCCGGAUAAAUUGUCACUGUUAAGUUUCGUUCUAGGCGAAAUCCGGAGUCUUUAGCGUUGCUUUCUUGCCUUAAGCUGGAAGACGAAGAGAAGCGAAGUGCUUUGAUACCGGUUGAAGGAUUAUUUCCCGCCAGCUUCCAUACCAGCUCAGAUAAUCAUGAAAGUGUUACUGAGGAGAUCUUGUGGAAGCUUCGUGAAGCAUGAUGUGUUGCAACGGCGUGUUAAUAAACUUUAAACAGACACUCCACGUUUAGGCUGAAACGAGUGCAAUGAAAUCAUAAUGAGGAGGGUAAAUAGGCGAACGGAUCGGCGGAUUUUGAAAAUAUUUUUGCCCGGAUUUCGCAUUCAAAGCGAGAUUUUAACGGAUUUCCGGAUUCAUCCGUUUUUUUGGGCCAAGAUUUUGGACAACCUCGUCCCCAGGGUUCUCUCCUACCCGUCCCUACGGAGCGAGAGAGAGAGAGAGAGAGAGAGAGAGACCCUGGUUGGGUUUGGUCACGUGACUCCAGCGCAAAAUUUAUUAAUUCCAAGGGAGGAGCCCUUUGUCUCUCAAUUUUUCUGUCUGGUUCGUUUUCUUCGUUCACACAAUGAUCGCAAGAGCAAGAUAGAUUUGCUAAGCCUACAACUAUGACUGGAAUUUGGGAAAUUUCUCCCUAAACAGUACUAUCACCAGAUAAACAAGCGAAUUUCCAGAGGAGGAAUCAAAAACUCGUGUUGUCGCAGUUUAACCGAUGACACCAAUCACUAAAAUCUACGAUUUUGAGUUCUACACAAGCGUGUAUGUUUAUUUAUUGAAGGGAAAAUCUCUGUAUGUUUGAACUUGCAUUUAAAGUAUCAAUAUUUGUUGGUGAGAGAGGCUGGUGAUCGGCCCGAAUCAGUACAUUCAAAACCUACGCCAUUAGCGGUGACAAAACAUAACAGUUACGUUGAGAGCAGAGAAUUCAUUCAUUCUCUCGACGGGAAGGAGAGAGAACCUGGAAGCGAGGUUGGAUUUUGGACUUUGCGUGUAUUAAAAAUAUUUUUGCUCGGAUUUCGGAUUCAGGCAAAAUUUGCAUACCCCUAUUCACCCCCUCCUUUAUCAAUGUUUGACCAACCUUUGCGAUGCUUCUUCGCCUUGAGAUUGCAUUUUGAUUUAUAUUUUUCGAACACUUGAGGCUAGAACGCGAGCAAAUAUUACUGGGCUUGCAAAAAGUAACCUCUGACAAGAGUUUCGCAGCAGAAAACUAAGCUGUAAAGCGAGUGGAGCAAGCUUUUUAGGUCACGUGCGGGGUCACGAGGCAGCCGCCGCCGAGCAAGUGACAAAAUCGCGGGAAGUAUUUAUUCCGCGAACCAAAUAUUAGGUAAAACGAAAGACUUCUUCGAAAGUCUAAGAUAUUACUUGAGAAUGUAAACAACAAUUCUCCGUUGCCGGUGCGGUCCGCAAGGAAAUCUUGUCCUGUCAACAUGACAGUUCUGUUGUCUUUAUAAGAGAAAACAGAUGACGUUCUCGCGUGCGCAUAAUCGGGACACUGUCCCUUUGAGCUAUAUAUGUUGUGGUUCCUGCCUCGAACUUAAAAGUCUCUCUUGCUGCGCAAAGGUUGGACUAGGGGACGGUUCACUGAAGUAUCGCCCUUGCUUGUUAUCCAGUGACUCGCCUCGUCCCGUGCUGAUGACGUUUCGAGUGUUAGCCCUUCAUAAGAACGAAGCAAUUCGGUUAAUGUUUCGUAAGCGCUACCAAAAAUGUUCUCAAACAGUGAGGAGCGAGGGCUCAUUUCCAGAACAGCGGAUGAUAAUCGAGCCUAGGUUCAGAGCGGCUCCUGAAAGAGACCAUUGAUCUCUUUUAAGGUGUCUCUAUCCAACAAAUCCCAUGAUUGUCAGUCACCAACGUCUUCUUGGUGCGAUUUUGGCACAGUGUGCUAGAAUGCAAAAUACAUUCUAAAGUAUUAGAUUUCUGCUCACUGUUUUUACUCACUAGGUCUUGCAGAAACGAGAGUCAUGGAUGAUGUAACCGAUGUCGGCCUAUCACUCUGUAUUGGUAUAUUGGUUGCCGCCUUCCUUCUUGCAACCAAUCGCGUUCCAAAAGCCUUGCAGAUACUUAAGGAAUGCUUGAAACUUCUCAACAACAAAAUCUUUCGAAGUGAAAAAGAUUUCGUCAGAUCAACGACUAGGGUUGUUUAUGUUCAAAUGUUUAAAGGGUACCGUCUCAUCAGCGAUCUCAAAACUGCGAUAGAAUGCGGGGAAAAACUUCUGGUGUUCCUUCGCGAAAGUGGAGAUAGGGAAUCAGAAGGGAACGCCGCCUACGAACUGGCAAAAUUGUAUGAUCAUCAAAGAAAAUAUAAGGAGGCCGAGGAGCUUUUUAAAAAAUCACUUAAUAUUAUGAUAAAAACUGGAAACAAGCAAGGGGAAGGAUCAUGUUACGGAAACCUAGGAAGUGUGUCAUGGUCUCUUGGUGAAAAUGCUAAGGCUAGAUGGUAUCUUGAGAAAUCGCUUGCGUUCAGAAAAGAAAAUAUAAAUGGCGAUAAAGAAGGAGAAGCAGCAGAUUAUUCAAACCUCGGAAAUGUGUUUCAAUCCAUUGGUGAAUAUCGAAAGGCUAAAGAAUACCACGACAAAGCACUUGCCAUGAUGAAACUAACUGGCAAUAGAAAAAAAGAAGCGUCUUGUUACGGAAACAUGGGAAUUGCGUGGCAUUCUCUUGGCGAAUACACAAAAGGAAUAGAAUAUCUUGAAAAAGCACUGCGGAUAAGAAAAGAGACUGGCGACAAAAAAGGGGAAGCGUCAGAUUACUCUAACCUGGGGAGAAUGUUCCAGUCUUCCCGUGAGUUCAACAAGGCAGUAAAAUGUUACGAAAAAGCACUUCCUCUUACAAAAGAUAUUGGCGACAGAAAAAAUGAGGCGUCUUGUUACGGAAAUUUGGCAGCAUUGUUUCAGUCCGUGGGUGACUCUAUCAAGGCUAAUGAUUAUCAUGAAAAAGCAAUUGCAAUCAGAAGAGAAAUCGGCGACCGUAAAGGAGAAGCAGAAAGUUUCAGAACACUGGGAAGUGCCUGUGAGACUUGCGCUGAAUAUGUUAAGGCUACGGAAUAUUUCGAAAACGCACUUGCAAUCGAAAGAGAAAUGGGCAAUAAGAGCGGGGAAGCCACAUGCUACGGUAACCUGGGAGCCGUGUCUCAUUCUGUAGGUGAAUAUACACAAGCUAAAGAUUAUUUCGAAAAGGCACUUGCAAUCGUAGUUGAAGUUGGUGACAAGGAUAAAGAAGCUUCGUGUUACGGAAACCUAGGAAUGGUUUUUUGUAGCCUUGAUGAGCACGCCAAAGCUAAAGAAUAUCUGGAAAAGGCAAUUGCCAUAAGAAAACAAAUUGGCGAUAUUGAAGGAGAAAUAGCAGAUUAUGGAAACCUAGGGAAUGUGUUUGAGUCCCUAGGGGAAUUCACGAAGUCCAGAGAAUACCAUGAAAAAGCCCUGGCGACCGCAAAAAAAGUUGGUGACAAGAAAAAAGAGGCCUCGUGUUAUGCAAACUUAGGAAACGUAAUGCAGUGUUCUGGUGAAAUUACAAAGGCUAAAGAAUAUCUAGAAAAAGCGAUUGUAUUAAGCAAAGAGAAUGGAGAUGUUCAAACAGAGUUAGCUAGCCACAUUAACCUAUCAUAUGGAGAGCUACUGGUAGGCAACGUAUCUGGAGCUAAAUCUCACCUUUUUGCUAGUAUUAAAAAUUCUGAGGAUAUACAAAACUUUCUGAAAGACAAUGAUAAAUUGAAGAUAUCGUUUCUCGAGAAACACUGUGACUCCUACCAGUUGCUCAGUGCCUGUUACCUGAUUACCGGGAAUCCUAAUGAAGCUCUUUCGGUUGCAGAGCUUGGACGGGCCAGAGCCCUGGCUGACCUCAUGUCAGCCCAGUACUCUGUGGAAAAACAAACAUCGAUCGAUCCACAGUCUUGGGUUGGUAUUGAAAGAAUCGCGAAGAAUGAAAACAACUGCAUCUGUCUAUAUAUUUCUUACACUUUUAGCGCGGAGGAUUUGUUUUUGUGGAUUCUCAAAGCAGAUGAACAGACAGCUUUUCGUCAUGUAGAUGUCGAUGACUGCUUUUAUCAACAUGGAACAAUACGAAACGAGGAUGAAAUUUUUGGCGACCAAAUGUUAAGCAAGUUUCUUUUGUUGUCUCAUGGACAUUGUGAAGAUCGAUCAUGGUUUUCUUCCAGCGUUAGCCAACAAACACGCGAAUCUCCAGAAAACUGCGAGGCUCGUGUCCGAAAGCCAACUGAGAAAAAAGAGCAAGAUCCAGAUGAGACUCUCGCUUUGUAUUACAAAGUGAUCAUUGCUCCCGUGGCUGACUUACUUGACAAAGAGGAAAUAAUCAUAGUUCCUGAUCGCUCCUUGUUCAAGGUUCCGUUUGCAGCGUUAAAGAAUGACAGUGGGAAGUACUUGUCCGAGUCUUACAGAAUCCGCAUUGUUCCUUCUCUUACCACAUUCAAGCUCAUUCAAGAUACUCCAGCAGACUACCACAGUCAGACUGGUGCACUGAUAGUAGGCGAUCCAGACGUUGGUGAGGUGCUUUUCAAGGGGGAUGUGUGUAACCCACCGAGAUUGCCUUCUGCAGAAGAGGAAGCUAAGAUGAUUGGGCGGCUUCUUGGAACAAAACCUUUGUUAGGAGAGCAAGCAACCAAGCAGGCUGUUCUUCAAGCCAUCAGUUCGGUAAGCCUCAUCCAUUUUGCUGCUCAUGGAAAUGCUGAAAGAGGAGAAAUUGCCCUUGCUCCUGUACGCCCGAAUGAUGAGAUUCCGGAAGAAGAAGACUACUUAUUGACAAUGGCUGACAUCGCACAAGUUCGACUUCGAGCCAAACUUGUAGUUCUUAGCUGCUGUCACAGUGCACGUGGAGAUAUUAAAGCCGAGGGAGCUGUUGGGAUCGCUCGAGCGUUUUUAGGAUCCGGUGCUCGUUCAGUGUUGGUGGCACUGUGGGCUAUAGACGACGAAGCAACAAUGCAGUUUAUGAGUCGUUUCUACGAGCAGCUUGUUCGUGGGGAAAGUGCCAGUGAAUCUCUUCACCAGGCCAUGAAGUGGAUGAGA